AUUCGACCGACGAGCCCAAUUUCCUUAUUAGGAAAAACGUCGCUUGCGUAAUGGUGUCUGACGUCAGAGCAGUCACAAGACCCGGCCAGCAGAGGGGAGCGCGCGGAGCGUCGCGACGGCUGGUCCGCUUGUGUAAGCUGCUGUGUUGUGUUGCGUCGCGGAGGCAGUGCGUGCGGGCGGGCGGGCGGCAUGGACCGGGACAACCAACGCUCACGGCUCCUCCGGAGCGGACGAGGCGACUGCUCUGUGUGAAUUUCUUCUGUCCGUCUGACGCCGCGCACGGUUAAAGCUCCCCGGUGGCCGCGGUCAUUACGCCCCGGAAAAGGCUUUGUCUACGCCGUGCGUGGCGGCCGUCGUCGGCGGCGGCAGUGUCUGGGUAGCGCCGCCGCGCCAGCCAGCAUUAUCGUGCGCUCCCCGUCGACGCUAAGCUAGCAGGGGCUGCUUAGCUCGGCCGGUUCGUGUGCCGGCGGCUGGUGGGGGUGUGUGUGUGUGUGUGUGUGUGUGUGUGUGAUGUUGUCAGUGCUGUCGUACGGUAGAUUCGUUGCCAGGGCUGUCAUCGGCGGACUCUCUCAGACGGACAGCCGCGACUACAGCCUGGUGACGGCGAGCUGCGGCUUCGGCAAGGAUUUCCGCAAAGGCAUCCUGAAGAAGGGGAUGUGCUACGGGGACGACGCGUGCUUCAUCGCCCGACACAGAUCCGCCGACGUUUUGGGUGUGGCAGAUGGGGUAGGUGGCUGGCGAGACUAUGGCGUGGACCCGUCACAGUUUUCGGGCACACUGAUGAAGACAUGUGAGAGGCUGGUGAAGGAAGGACGCUUCAUUCCCAGCAAUCCAGUGGGGGUCCUCACGAAGAGCUACUACGAGCUGCUGCAGAACAAAGUGCCACUACUGGGUAGUAGCACAGCCUGCAUUGUGGUUUUGGACCGACACAGUCACCAGCUGCACACAGCCAACUUGGGAGACUCCGGCUUCCUGGUGGUGCGGAGGGGGGAGGUGGUCCACCGCUCAGACGAGCAGCAGCACUACUUCAACACGCCCUUCCAGCUGUCCAUCGCUCCCCCGGGGGCCGAGGGCGCUGUCCUCAGUGACAGCCCUGAUGCCGCAGACAGCUCUUCCUUCGAUGUCCAGCUGGGGGACAUCAUCCUCACUGCCACCGAUGGGCUCUUUGACAACAUGCCUGACUACAUGAUCCUGCAGGAGCUGAAGAAGCUCAAGAACACAAAUUAUGAGAGCAUCCAGCAGACCGCCCGGAGCAUCGCAGAGCAGGCCCAUGUUCUGGCAUAUGACCCCACCUACAUGUCGCCUUUCGCACAGUUUGCCUGUGACAAUGGACUGAAUGUAAGAGGAGGAAAGCCAGAUGACAUCACAGUGCUGCUGUCCAUAGUGGCAGAGUACACCGACUAGAGUCUGUGUGGGGCUGUGAAAGGGGGGCGUCUGCCUCUGCAGGUGAUGGACUGCUUUGAUUCCUGCUGGCCAGGAUGAAGGACUAAUGUCAGAUGCUUUCCCCGCAUCAGCUGGUUCUAUUCUUCCUCACCCCCAAACUGGCAAAACCCCCCUCCAAUGAGAGGACAAAAAGAUCCUCCUGCUCCCACUGCUCUUUGAUCACGUACGUCGCAGAACUGCUGAAUAAAGAGGACCAGAGGCCGAACACAUCCUCUUGGCCAGGCUGCAGUGUUCCAGUGCUCAGUGGAUAAUCUCAUUGCCUGGGAUAAGCAGUCAUUGGGUAUGUGGAAGGUGAGGAUCCUGUCUGAUGAGGAUAACUCGUCUUACACUGAUUUAGGCAGGGAGGCAGUUGAGUUUCAGAGUUGGGGGGGCAGAUGUAGCCAGGCGGUAGGUGUUAGACUGUUCCACUGGCCCCCACCCUGGGCUGCCAGAAGGGAAAGAUCUGUCUUCUGGUGGACUGUAGACCACCCAAGUGUCAAAAACGGAAAUGCAGUGGAAAUGGCAGCAUUAGGGCUUAAUAAAUGGGAUAUCUUGUGUAAGCAGAUGUUCUUCAAAGGGCCACGAACCUUAUGUGUGUGCGGAGAGCAUAUGUUGAAUAAUAAGAUAUGACUGGUCUGCUGUUCUGGGAUGUUUUGUGAAAUGUUUGGAAAAAAUUAGUGUAUGUGACAUUUAUACAUGUGUAGAUAGUUUCUUAUGGCAGGUUUAUUCAAUAAGAUUUCAUGAAGAAGAGCGGCAGCUGCCUUUCCCUACCAGUGCAAUUCACUUUUAGUUUAAAAGCCUCUUCAAGCUAUAAAUUGUGUCAGACUGAUGCCCUCCCUUUAAUAUCACGGCUGCUGCUGCUGAAGUCGUGUGUGUGUGUGUGUGUGUGUGUGUGUGUGUGUGUGUGUGUGUGUGUGUGUGUGUGUGUGUGUGUGUGUGUGUGUGUGUGUGUGUGUGUGUGUGUGUGUGUGUGUGUGUGUGUGUGUGUGUGUGUGUGUGUGUGUGUGUGUGUGUGUGUGUGUGUGUGUGUGUGUGUGUGUGUGUGUGUGUGCGCGCGCGCGCGCGCGUACUUGUACUUGGGUCAGCAUGAAUGAGACGGAUGUGAAGGCUACAGAUUUCUCCACAUCCACUGGGCUAAAUUGGUCUUGAAGCCUUAAACGCACAAACUUAAAAAUCAUAUCUGAAAAAAUGCUCAGCACAGUGGAGGUUGGUCAGGUGAUCAAAUGUAUCUUUUCUGUUCUCUCUCCUUUCUGCUUUUUAGUCCAGUGGCACAUUCAGAAGUCAGGACACUGCAGGUUUCAAGUGAAAAAUGUUCGUUUACAUCACCUCAGAUUUGUACUCUGUAUUUACUGCAACUUUUACCCACAGUUAAAAAUAUUUCUUUGGAAAAUGCAUAUUUAUUGUAAUGUUAUGAUGAUGUGCCUUGUAUCAGGUGCUGUUGAUUCUGGCAGAAGUGUCCACAAUUCUUUAAAUGCCAGACAAUGUGCCCGGUACAGAGCACAAAGCCUGAAACAAUUAAGUAGCCAUAACAGACAACACUGCUUUCCCAACAUGCCCUGCUGUCUUAACGUAAGGUUUUUCAUUUACAGCAUGUUCAACCUUUUUUCAACUGAAAUCUGCUUCUUUGUCUGCACUCAAUAAGGAGCUUAGGAAUAGUGACAAAGCCAUCCCCUGCUUCGAAAAUCCUCCCCGUGGGUCUUCAGAUCACUGUUUACAAUCUGCACUGUUAAAAUGGUUUGCCAACUUAAUUUGACAAGUUUGACAGAGUCUGACGACACUGGAAGACGUCACUUUGAAAUGGGCCUGACGGGCAUGGGCGGAAGAUGAACAGAGAGAGCAGUGAAUGGUCAAAAUGUGAGUUUUAACUCUAUUAAAGCACUGAGGACAAUCUAAGCAGCCUUAAUGAUAUUACAAAGCAAUCCUCUCAGUCAGAUGGUACUGCCACUGUUACCUUGGUGGUCCCUGCUUCCCGGUUCGUACGUGCCCUGACUCUCUUCCCUGUCAUUUUGCAUCGACUUCAUCCUCCUCUACUUUGUUACAACCACAGCAUGGACCCCACUGCAUCCAGAUCUAUUCUCUGUGAAAAAAACAUUUUCAGAGCUGUACAAUAGAUAAAUAAAGGGUAUACUAUUUAUUA